AUGGCAUCCUCGAGCACUUCCUCCUCGGCAGACGUCCACCAGGACACGGAGCGGACGCCGCUGCUGCGCGACCCUGACCGCCCCAAGGCAGCCCGCAGUGUGACCUUCCACCCAAACCCCGUGUCCGACACCCGGUAUGCCGACCCCGUCUCCCUCAGCUCUUCGCCCGCAAGCACACUCGGCGCAGUGCCUAUAGCCAAUGCCUUGACCCCCGUUCGUACGACCGGCUCGAUUGCGGGCUCCCCGAGCUCUGCAUUCCACCAUGCGCCCUUAUCAGCCAUGACGAACCGCCUGAGGCGACGGAACUCCCAUGGCGGGACUUUCUCGGCUCUCCCAGCUCCUCUGGGCCCUAUACCCAAGCUCGGCCCGCAGCGCUCGAGCAAGAUUGCCCAGAAGCUCAAGCUGCUUCCGAAUCCUAUGGAAGAUGCGGAACAGCCCGACGAGGAGAGCGGGCGCGACGUCUACAGUCAGUACACGCGCAUUCAAGACCCCGUAGCCCGCCGAGAUGCGGCCCGGCUAGGGAAGGCGGACCGAGAUCGACUGCCAAGAGUGACAGCAUACUGCACGGCAAACAAGUACCUCAUGGAAGGCCUGAUGCGUUUUCUGAAGGGUCGAGGCAAGAGCAGAGGCUCCAACCCCAAGUUGAUUGACGAGUGCAUCUAUACACCAUACAACUAUAGCACAGGCAAGGCAACGGAGCGAGCCGAGGCCGUCGAGGAGCGGGUACGGAGGGAACGCGAGGAACAGGAGCACCGCGAUCAGGAAUCACGACGCCACGAAUCGCCGAGGCCACCCAUGAGCUAUGAGCGCAGGCAUUCGACAGGGGAUCUGCAAGAGUUUCAUGAAGGUGAAAUGGAGUCUGGUUUCAGUAACGGGCGUGAUGUACACAAUAACCUCUCCUACCCUUCACACACAACCGAUGAGAUCCACGACCCGUCGGAGGAUCACCACGAUGCCGACUUUGAUACCCAAGUACACACCCCCGAGGUUUUUCUAUUUGACUACGGCGUUGUGGUGAUAUGGGGCAUGACACCAGCGCACGAGCAGCGCUUCCUCAAGGACAUUGCCAAAUUUGAGAGCGAGAAAUUGGACCCCGAGGAUGUCGAGACCGAGUGCUUCAACUUCUACUACACACGCGAAUACCAGGCGCGUAUCUACAACGAUUUCAUUACACUACGGGACAAGAACAACUAUAUGACGAAGCUGGCCAUCAGUCACGCUUUGGCACAGAGCGUCAAGACAUCUCUCUUUGAGGAACUUAUUGCCAGCACCAUCGAGACAUGCAAGGACAUACCGACGCAGAUCGCGUUGACUGGCAAAAUUGAUCUGUCCCGUAGCCAGAUCAACAUGCAGAUUGGCGAGCUCUUUAUCCUACGCAUCAAUAUUCAUCUAAACGGCUCGGUCUUGGAUACGCCCGAGCUUUUCUGGGUUGAGCCGGCCUUGGAGCCGGUAUACCAAGCCGUGAGGUCAUACCUCGAGAUGGACCAGCGAGUGGGACUUCUCACAGAACGAUUAGAUGUCAUUGCAGACUUGUUGGCUGUGCUCAAGGAUCAGCUCAGUCAUGGUCACGGCGAGAUGCUUGAAUGGAUUGUUAUUAUUCUUAUUGCAGCCGAGAUUCUGGUAGCAGCAGUCAACAUCGUCGUCGAUCUGUAUGCAGGGGUGGAUUGA